AUGCACUAUCGUCAUAGAUAUUCGUUUUUACGUGCUCAAGUCAAACUCGAGUCAAGGUUGGCAUAUGAGUCCUAUCUAAGUAGGAUAAAUACUUCUCUCCAGAAUGACCCACAUAAAUUUUGGUCGUUUAUCAAUAAUCGCCGAAAUACAUCAGGUAUCCCAAAUGUGAUGCAUUAUGGUGAUAUUAUUGCAUCAGACGUAGAUAUUGCAAAUCUAUUUGCACUUCUUUUCAAUUCCGUUUAUAAAUCACCGUUACCCUCCCACAUUGGAAUGCUGAAAAUAUUGGCACUAAGCCAUUUACAUUUCUGCCUUCUAGACUUACUAUUGAACUUGAUGAGAUUUAAACUAGUUUUAUCAACAAAUCAACAUGGGUUUUAUGGCGGUCGUUCCACAACAACUAGUGCCUUAGAAUUCUCUGCGUUUAUCAGGGAUAGCUUCAAAGAUAGGAAUCAAGUUGAUGUGAUAUUCACUGAUAUUUCUAAAGCUUUCGACUCCAUAAACCAUAUUGUGUUAAUUGAUAUUCUGGAUAGAUUGGGUGUAGGUGAACCUCUGCUUUCCUGGUUCAAAUCCUAUAUAACCGGUCGACGACAAUUUGUAUCCUUAUUUAAUCAAAAAUCCGCGGAAUAUUUAGUCACUUCCGGAGUCCCACAAGGUGGGCACUUGUCUCCACUUUUAUUUAAUAUUCUAAUAAAUACUUUAUGCGAAUCUGUUGACAGCAAAAUGCUAUUAUUUGCGGAUGAUGUAAAAUUAUUUAAUUGCGUUCAAUCUGAGAGUGAUGCUAUUUUGUUACAAGAAUCGUUGAAUAAGUUAGUCCAUUGGUGUAAUACAGUUGGGUUAGAGCUGGCUAUCCAUAAAUGUAAAGUUAUGUCUUUUUCGAGACGUCACUCAAUUAUUCAAUAUGAUUACUCUAUUGAUAACGUGAUGUUACAGCGAAUAAACCAAGUUGAAGAUUUAGGUUUUAUUUUUACUCCAACGUUAUCGUUUGCACCUCAUAUUGACUGGAUAGUAUUCAAAGCAUUGCGAUCAUUAGGGUUUAUUAGGCGACAUGCAGGGUCGGUCAUGUCUGUAAAAUGUUUGUUAAUAUUAUAUGCUACUCUAGUUAGAUCAAUUGUAGAGUAUGGAUCUGUGGUAUGGUCUCCGAGGACCAAAUGUGAUAUUAUUCGAAUUGAACGUGUUCAGCAUCGUUUCUUUAGCAUGGUUUCUCGAUCUAUGGGCAUUAAUCAUGAACCCCAUGACUAUAAACCCGUCUUAAUAGCACUCAAUUUAUCCACCCUAAGCGAAAGAAGAAAUAUUAGUGAUAUUAAACUUUUAAAUGGUUUAGUCUCUGGUGUAAUUGACUCACCUGACUUGUUAUCUAGAAUAGGUUUUCGCAUUCCAGGUACAACCCGUUCUCGUGACCCCUACUACCUUGCUUCAGUGUCAAAAAAUUAUUUGGAUGAUGAUCCUUUAAGGAGAGCUAUGUCUUUAGUUAAUAGUCAAACUAGUUAA